GUCUACGAUAACAGCUUCCUGAGAUGGCAGCAUCAAGCCUAUCUCGGCCUGCUAGGGCUGUUCUCCUAUCAUCUCGGUACAUUUCUUUGCCAUUGCGACCAUCGGACCAAGCACUGCACUAUCUACGCUCGCUCAAUAACCGUUUGCGACAGCCCGUUGGUCUCACGAGUGUUCGCCAGGCAUCCCAUCAAGCCCAAGGUCGUGCCAAUGGCCCUAAGAAUGGCCCAGGAAAGCGACUAGGUGCAAAAAAGACGGGCGAGCAGUUCGUUGUGCCAGGGAACAUCAUUUAUCGCCAAAGAGGCACGUUGUGGUUUCCUGGCGAAAAUUGCGCAAUGGGACGCGACCAUACCAUCUAUGCCACUGAAAAGGGCUACGUGAAAUACUACCGAGACCCAUUCAAACAUCCAAAGAGGCGUUACAUCGGCGUUGCGUUGGAGCGCGACUGGUCGCUUCCAACACCUAAAGAUGCUCCGCGACGAAGACGAUUGGGCAUGAUCCCAGUGCGUAUUAAUGAAGACUCAAGUCAUCUCACUGAUAAUUACGUUCCGCGACCCUCCCCCAUCGCUGGAUUGGACGAGAAUAGUGUGUUGCCUGAGGGCAUGAGCCUGGAGCCAAGUGGCAAGGGAGGCCAUCUCCGACCGACGUUCACAUUGAAGGAUGGCACAUUGCUCAAAAUGAGGAGCAACUACAUGUUCAGAGAAGACAAUUGGCAGAUUGGGCGCGCUGCGGAGAGGGCGCGCACCCGAGUUAGACCUUUCAAGAAAGGAAACCGAUGGCUAGCCUGGAGGAAGAGAACGGCGAAGCGAGCAAGAAUUGCUGAGAUGAAGAGCGUCAACAAGAAGGGCAAGGCCAAGAAGAAGGCCACGCCCAGAUCAUAACCUUCAUUCUACGCCUUUUAAGCGUUUUGUACAUUGCACCCACAAGUGUAUUCAGAAAUGCAUCUAUCCUAUGCUCCUGUGUUGUCUCGAAGAUCUCACUGGUUUCAGAGGGCUACGGUUUCCGAUUCGUGGAUGCGAAGCACGAUGAAAUGACGUUGUACAGAACUUCUGGACUAGAAAUACGGCUACGCUUGAUGAGGUUGUUAUCGUUGGAGACCGUCCAAGCUGCUCAUAGACGCAUGCCAAGAGUGGGAUGUCCAAAUUGGAAAGUCAGAAGAAUUCCAGAAUAAGUUCCAGUGUUGCUACAUUGGACAUAUGUUGUUCAAUCUCUUUUGACAUCGUGAGCGACUUUUUGUCAGAGAAGGAGCCCCAAAAUUUGGCUUGUACCUUUCGAUAAGUUGCAGACCAGCGCGAUAUCGU